CCUAUUCUAUCCGUCCUUGCCUACCACCACCACCUACCGCCAACCAUCCCGUUCUGUCACCUACCUACCUACCAGCCAGCCAACACCUAUCUUUCUCUCCCGGCCUUGCUUGCUGCACCUCCUCCUCGUCGUCCUCCACCACCACCCGACCCUACCUUACCUUUUCGACGCUACUUACACUCCGCAUCCAGUCCCACGUUCCUCCCACCUACCUCACCCUCACCCUCACCUUAACCUACCUACUCACCUCCGACCUACCUCCCUACCUACCUGCAUACUAUUGUCGCCGCUCUUCUUCCGCUCCAUCUCCUCUCCGCACUUCCGAACAUCGUCGGUCCUCUUCGCUUCUCUCCCGUAACUGUCCCGUCAGCCAUGGCAUCGGUCGCUUGAUUGCGCACCCCCGAAAUUCCGAUAUGCCUGCCAGCCGAACCCACCAGAAUGGCGCUGCCCAGUUCAACCAGAAGCUGAAGAACCUCUUCCGCAUCAACCUCAACAGCGGCGCCGACCGUGACAGAGAAAAGUCCUCCGCUGCUCACGUCCACUCCUCACAAGACGCCGCCGCCGCCCGCCCAGAAAUCCGGAGCAAGUUUGGUAGCAGCUUUUUCAAGGGCACCGUCGGCCGAUUGAGGACAAACACCACCGCCAGCGAAGGCAACCCCCUCGACGAGGCCCUCAGCCCGACCGCGCACGCGAAUCCCUACUUUGCACACCAGGGCCAGCCGGGCCUUCGCCAUCAUAACCACGAAUCAGUACCUCCUAGCCCUCCCGAUACCCCAAAUUUCAAGAUCCAAGGUCCUGACGGCGGCCCCGAACAGCAGACGACGAGCGCCGGACGUGAGGAAUUGGCAAGGAAACUUAGGAGAGUCGCCAGUGCCCCCAAUGCCCAGGGCUUGUUCUCCAAAGGCAAGGGCAGCGCUGAGCGUCCCGCCACCGCCGAGCUGAGCAAGGACCCGUUGGUUCUCGACAAGGACUCGGGCACCCUCGAGAUGGUUGACCCGUCCAAGGCGUCCGCUCCUAGCCUGGGCGUCCCCGACAAGGACGUCCUCGGCAACCUCCCACCCCCGAAUCGUACGAGUCUCGCAUUCCGGAGGACCUACAGCUCCAAUUCCAUCAAGGUCCGCGAUGUUGAGGUCGGCCCGCAAAGUUUCGACAAGAUCAAGUUGAUUGGCAAGGGAGACGUCGGCAAGGUCUACCUUGUCCGCGAGAAGAAGAGCAGUCGUCUCUAUGCCAUGAAAGUAUUGAGCAAGAAGGAGAUGAUCAAGCGGAACAAGAUUAAACGCGCCCUUGCCGAGCAAGAAAUUCUAGCUACGAGUAACCACCCCUUCAUUGUUACGCUGUACCAUUCAUUCCAAUCGGAGGAUUAUCUGUAUCUGUGCAUGGAAUAUUGCAGUGGUGGAGAGUUCUUCAGGGCCCUACAGACGCGCCCCGGCAAGUGUAUUCCUGAAGACGAUGCGCGAUUCUACGCCGCCGAGGUCACCGCGGCCUUGGAGUAUCUGCAUUUGAUGGGCUUCAUUUAUCGCGACUUGAAGCCAGAGAACAUCUUACUCCACCAGUCGGGCCACAUCAUGCUUUCGGACUUUGACUUGUCGAAGCAGUCCGAUCUCGGUGGAAAGCCCACAAUGGUCAUUGGCAAGACAGGUACCAGCACCACCUCCUUGCACAUCGACACUCGGUCCUGCAUUGCCAAUUUCCGCACCAACUCGUUCGUCGGAACAGAGGAGUACAUUGCACCAGAGGUCAUUAAGGGUAGCGGCCACACUAGUGCCGUGGACUGGUGGACCCUCGGCAUCUUGAUUUACGAGAUGCUUUACGGAACCACCCCCUUCAAGGGUAAGAACCGAAAUGCGACUUUUGCCAAUAUCUUGAGGGAAGAUAUUCCCUUCCCCGACCACGCUGGGGCACCUCAAUUAUCCAACCUUUGCAAAUCCCUGAUUCGUAAACUUUUGAUCAAAGACGAAAACCGGAGAUUAGGUGCCAAGGCCGGUGCUUCGGAUAUCAAGGCUCAUCCGUUCUUCAAAACGACUCAGUGGGCGUUGAUUCGACACAUGAAGCCUCCCAUUGUGCCUGUUACUGGACGCGGCAUCGAUACUGUCAACUUCCGCAAUGUCAAGGAAAGUGAGAGCAUUGACUUGAGCGGAUCCAACCCGCUACAAGCAAACCUCAAGGGAGUUCCUCUGGAUAGUGGCAUGACGACCCCCGGUGGUGAAGUCGUCGAUCCUUUCGAAGAGUUCAACAGUGUCACGCUGCACCAUGACGGAGACGACGACCAUCACUCGCAACAGAGCGGACAAAAUCACUCGUAGUCCGCUUUGUCACUGCAUCCAGGGCAGUGACAGUGGCUGGAGGGCUUCGUUUACAGGAGCGAGGCUAAUUGAAUUAGUCACGCUCAUGGGUGGGAUCGAGCAAGAGAUCGGAUAAACCCCGAGAGAGUGUAAGAGCUAGGUGCUUUUCGAUCGAGGGGACCUAUAGCCACGGACUAUCAUUUACAAGCGACGAGAUUGAAGAGAGAUGAGAACUCACGAGAGGCGAGCGGAGGAAAGAGAAAAACGACCACAGCCUUUUGAGUCGAGGAAUCAACAAACAGGGCUGGGAAACCACGAAACCAUGCUACAAAGGCCCUUACGGUUUCCCCCUUCUCGAGGACUUUCCACGGAUUUCUCACGAAAAUAUUUCAGCCUGCAGCAUAGGGUCUCUGUGCCUUCAUCAUUAGGAGUUUCCUGUUAUUCAUCAUCCAUUUCCCCCGUUUUGGAGGAAAAGUCCUCCAUUUGGCGUUUAUCGAGUUUGGGAAACUGGGUUUUUCUUUUCUUUUCAAAGAGACGAGAGAACAGAAGCGAGAGAAAGAGAAAGGCAAGACAAGCGAGUGAGGAUUGAGAAAGCGGAAGCGAGGUGGGUUGUUGAGUGAAAAAGAAAAGGAAAGAAAAGAGAAAACUUCCACGGGGAGGGACAUUUUCUUUUUCUUGGUUUUCUGUAAACCCUUGCCAUCAUUAACCACG